AUGUCAUUGGUUCCUUCAUCCCUUGUCAGCUUCCGAAGACCACUUUACCUAUGGAACUUGAUGAUUCGAGAUUCCACCAAUAAUGGCUUCUUCAUACAAACUUUAAACAUAUACUCUUCCAUGGCACACUCUGGUGUCCAUGGCAACAACCUCACCUACCCUUUGCUCCUCAAGGCUUGUGCUAACCUCGCUUCCAUUCAACAUGGCACUGUGCUUCAUUCCCAUCUCCUCAAACUUGGGUUUCAAGCAGACGCCUUUGUUCAAACUGCUCUUGUUGACAUGUAUUCUAAAUCCUCCCAUGUUGAAUCUGCACGCCUGGUGUUUGAUGAAAUGCCGCAUAGAAGUGUUGUCUCAUGGAAUACCAUGGUUUCGGCUUACUCUCGCGUGUCUUCAAUGGACCAGGCAUUGAGCCUCUUGAAAGAAAUGUGGGUUCUUGGUUUUAAGCCAACUGCUUCAACGUUCGUUUCAAUUUUGUCCGGUUAUUCAAACGUGGAUACUUUCAAGUUUCGUUUGCAGGGUGUGUCGAUACACGGUUGCUUGAUUAAACUUGGGAUUGUGAAUACGGAGGUCUCUCUCGCUAACUCACUAAUGGCCAUGUAUGCCCAGUUUUGCAGAAUGGAUGAAGCAAGGAAAGUUUUUGACUUGAUGGAUGAGAAGUCUAUAAUUUCUUGGACAACUAUGAUAGGGGGUUAUGUGAAAAUUGGGCAUGCUACUGAAGCAUUUGGUUUAUUUAAGCAAAUGCAACGGCAAAGUGUUGGCAUAGACUUUGUUGUGUUUUUAAAUCUGAUUUCUGGUUGCAUACAAGUAGGAGAGCUUUUGUUAGCUUCAUCUGUUCACUCUCUUGUACUUAAAUGCGGGUGUGAUGAAGCGGGUUCCGUUGAAAAUUUGCUUAUUACCAUGUAUUCAAAAUGUGGUAACCUUACCUUUGCUAGAAGGAUAUUUGAUCUGAUCAUUGAAAAGAGCAUGUUAUCGUGGACAUCAAUGAUUGCAGGAUAUGCCCAUUCAGGGCUUCCAGUGGAAGCACUGGAUCUGUUUAGAAGGAUGCUAAAGACAGAUAUUAGACCAAAUGGUGCAACACUUGCGACUGUUUUAUCAGCUUGUGCUGAUUUGGGAUCACUGAGCAUGGGACAAGAGAUUGAAGAGUAUGUUUUUCUAAACGGGUGGGAAUCAGACCAACAAGUCCAAACGUCUCUCAUACACAUGUACUCCAAAUGUGGGUGCAUCAAGAAAGCAAGAGAAGUGUUUGAAAAGGUGACGGAUAAAGAUUUAACUGUUUGGACUUCCAUGAUAAAUAGUUAUGCAAUCCAUGGGAUGGGGAAUGAGGCCAUCAGCCUCUUCCACAAAAUGACUACUGAAGAAGGGAUAAUUCCAGAUGCCAUUGUCUACACUAGUGUUUUGCUGGCCUGUAGCCAUUCCGGAUUGGUUGAAGAUGGAUUGAAGUACUUCAAAAGUAUGCAAAAGGACUUUAGAAUAGCUCCUACAGUAGAACAUUGUACCUGUUUGAUAGAUCUUCUCGGUCGAGUUGGCCAACUUGACUUAGCUUUAGAUGCAAUUCAGGGAAUGCCACUGGCAGUCCAAGCUCAAGCUUGGGGUUCAUUGCUUAGUGCUUGUAGGAUUCAUGGCAAUGUUGAGUUGGGAGAGCUUGCAACUUUUAAGUUAUUGGAAACUAGUCCUGGACGCUCUGGAAGUUAUGUUUUAAUGUCUAACUUGUAUACCUCUUCAGGCAAGUGGAAGGAGGCGCAUAUGAUGAGAAAUUUGAUAGAUGGUAAAGGAUUAGUAAAAGAAUGUGGCUGGAGCCAAGUUGAGGUCAGCGGUAGCCAUGAUGCAUUAGGUGCUGGAAAUUGA